GCAGGGCAGUGAUGACUCAAGUUACGGCGAAUGAUUUUAUGCAUAUUGAUACGCUGGCUAGACACAGUCCUGUGAACAGUGAAACGUAAAAUACAAAAGAGACUUUGAAGAAAGCAAAGGAAGAGGGUUCAGUAUUGUGACCGAUACGCCCGAGUUACAAAGACUGAAAAGGACUCAGGAACAAAUCAGUAAUAAAUGCAUUCCACACAGAAUAGUCUCUAUAUUUAGCAGAUAAACAGUGUACAUCAUGGACUAAGGAUCUAAAUAAGGAUACAAGACAUUGAAAGUUUUGUUUUGAUUCCAUCUUGAAGUAUUAGAAAGUUCUCAAAGAGCCUAUUUGAAACAAAAUUGUAACCGCUUCCUUGAAGGGCUUCAAGGGAAGUGAUGGAGGACUAAAGAUCAGUUGUCUGGAAAAAGACAUGAAGAAGAAGAAUUGGGCAUGACUUCAGAUGUUAUACAAAUGUAUAUGCAGAUAUAUAUAUAUAUGUGUGUAUAUAUAUAUAUAAAACCAAAGGAGGAAAAAAAGUCAUAUUACUACUGUACUUGUGCACAUCUGCACAUCUGUAAUUAGAAACUGGCCCUAACAGAUACUGAGACAUAGCUCUGUAUUUGGAAUGUAUUGGCACAGUUGAUCAGCCUGUUUACUUGCUCAGACGUAAGAUGGUCUCUCAAACUGCCAAAACAGGUUGUAGAGAAAAGUGGCAGGAGAAGAUGCUAAGAACAAGACCUGGAAUUUCAUUUGUAGUAUUCACAGUGUAAUGCCUGCAGAUACUUGUCUCUAAGGACUUUUUUCCCUCCACUGAACUAAGUGAAGGAGAAGAGUAGUGUGAAAGGAAACAAGAAAAAUUAGUUACAACGUGUAUGUCUGCAUUUCACAAAACCAGCCAUGGCACAUCAAUGAAGAGACUGGGUAAGCAUGUUAAAUUGCAUACGAAAAGAGCUUGUAUUAUUCUAGUCAGUGCUGGGAUUUUCGCUGCUUUUGAAGUGAUUCACACUGGUAUGACUAUAUUAUUAAUAUAUCUCUAUAUUAGUAAGCAUGAUUUUAUUUCAUUUGGAAGAUAUGCAUAUAAUGGUGUACAACAACUGUAUCUUCUUACAUAACAAGAGUAGCAGUUUAUGAACUGCUGCAUGCAUGUAGCAGAUGUGCAAGACUUAGCUCAUGAUAGUGCUGAUUGCCUUCUGCUUCCAUGGUCUCCUCUGACAGUUUAUUGCAGCUCCAAGUGGUAUUCAUUACUUGAUGUGCUGUGGGUUUAAUUCUACACAACUGUAUUUCCAAUAUGCUACAUGUAACUCAUGUAAUUAAGCAAAUAACACUUGUAUUCAAUUGCUUUUUUUUCUGGUUGAAAGAUAGGAGGUUAAAUAUGUAGUUCAUAUUCCUAAUAUAAGUGUACCUCUGUAAUAAGAUUGAGCUCGUACUGUGCUCUUGUGCAGUAAAGCAUACAUGUACAGAGUCAUUUCCAACUUUGUCCAAGUUCUAGGUUCCUCUUCUAGCUUUGCUUUUUAUAGAUGCAUACAAAGAGAGAUUCUGAGAAGUCCUCUGUCCUCUGGCUUUCUGAUAUUUCUCUGUUGAAGUAUUUUGACUUUUUAUUCCGAGUUAGUAUAAAUAACUCUGCCUUUAAAUGCAGAGGCCUAAUAAGUGCAUUAGAAAUGACUUAGGAAAAGAAUCACGUUAGUUUUAGAUGACAGUGAAUAUUUUCUGCAAAGAGAUUCUUAUAUAGCUUCACAUACUCUGUAACUUUCAGAAAUUUGUACGAUGACUGAGCUCAUGCUUAAGAAGUGAUGAGUGUAAGUAGUAUUUUAGAUAGAACUCAUGCUAAGUGAGCAGCUGGAGAUGCUUUUCAAACUUCAGUGUAUAUUCAACUUAAAGAUUCUAUGAUUCUAUGAAAAAUCAUUCAUUAUUGAUCAUUGUUAAAGUAUUAUGCAGAAGCUAGGAAAAUACUAUGUCAAAUUAGACCGUGUAUAUGUGAAUUCUUUUCCUACAUUUUCAGUAAAAAAUUAAAUUAUAUAAUGGCCUGUUGCUCUCUUCACUUCCUUCUACUUUGAUCGCCAUGUAGAAUAGUCAACAAGCAUUCAGCCUUGUAAUGCUUUCUUUCAUUUAUUACAUUUUUACUGUGCCAGACAAUAUCCUUUACACCAUAAAAUGUUCCUGUAAAAACAACCAGUAACUUCCUUCUGGACUUUCUUUCUCACUUCUUUACUGUAUGGAACUAAAUUAUUUUCAUUACGACCCAAGAAAUGGGAAGGUGUUGGAAUCCCCUUUUAUGUAGCUCUUACUUACACAAAGAAGUAAACCAUGGAGAUUAAAGUAUACACACUUAAUAGUUAAGUCGUACCCAGAGUAAACCUUUGUCUUCUGUGUUGGCUGUCCAUUAGAGGUAGAGGGAGGCGCACCUGUGCUAAGGAAUUUUACUGCUGUUUGCUGGAAAGGAGGUUUGCUGUUUGUUGAGACUCUGGAGCAGUGUGCUCGUACUGCAUCAGAGUAGCACUGACUUUUUCACUGUCCCCAUUCCCUCCUCAGUUACUCUUUGUUGGUCUGCCAGUUUUCUUAAUCCCUGUAAUAUGUAUGACAAAAAAUCCAAACACUUGGGAAAAAAGCAGUAUUUUUUUGACUCUGAAAUGCUAAGAUGAAGAAUACUUUUUGGAUGGUCAGCUACUCACUACAAUCAUUGUGUAAGGACCUGUCGGUACAGGUAGAAUUGAAUAACGUAGCAGACUUAAGUACAGGAAAAUUUGCAGCAGUGAGUCACGUUAGGUUGUAUUCCAUGGGUGUAGUGAAGCCAAUAUCCAUCCAUAACCCUAUCCAGGGUGAUGCUCUUCACCUGCUGAAGAUCAGCUUCGUUGUCCAGAGCAGGAAAAGCUUUAGAACGUAUUGGUAACAUGUUGAAAGAUGACUUAUUUUAUAACACAAAUGGAAAGAUGCAUGACUCUUCAACAGAAAUAAUGGAAGGAUUUUUACCAAUGAGUAGCUGGAAAACAAAAUUUUGCCCAAGAGAGGUAACUGUAUUUGGAAAAGCUGUUAGUGUUAAAAACAGGAAUUUACAAUGGUCAUCAGUGGAUAGUUUGAGCUAGUAUAUCCCAUACUGCCUGUAAAAGCAUUAGAUGUGCAAAUUCAGAUGGGUGUUUGGAUAAGUCCAUUGAAAUAUUAAACCCAAAUGUAUAGUGAACUUCUGGUAAGCUAUGAAUAUGUGAAAAAACUCAGCAUCAGCAGAAUAUCUAAAAUGGAACUGCUUGUCUGUCAGAGCUGUGUGUUUGGACUUGAGUGGCAUGUGGCCUUCGGAAGAUUUCUGCUGAUGAAGGAUCUCUUUCAGCAGCCCAACCGUGAGCAGUGAUAACUGCUCAAAGAACCCUCACAACUGUGAGGCUGAAACUGUCCUCAGAGAUGUAAGGGGAAAUAUUUUAGCUUAAAUGGAUCUAUGGUAGUUGAAGGAAGCAGAUGUGACACCCCUAUAGGUGCUUUUUAAAUAAUCUUAUUCCAUCUGGCUUUAUUCUUAAGACUCCAUUAGAAAAAAACCAUUUUUUCUCUUUUUUAAAAUCAAGUUUUUUAUGGAUAGUAAUGCUUUAUUGUUAUUUUUUACCUAGGAUUUCAGAGGUCUUUUUAAUAGAAGAAAUUAAUGUAAAUAUUCCUUAUUUUCUUCUGUAUCACUGUUUUCAUAUGAAAUUAAGUAAUUGCAAAAGCUAUCGAGCUUUUAUGAAGUUAAAAUAUAUCUCUAAGUUUCUAAAAGUUUUAAACGGUGUUCUAACAGGGAAUAGAAUAGUCUUUCUGAUUCUAAUUGAAAUAAAUACAUUUGACAGAAUGACUGUAACCUUGCUUACUAUAUUGACAAUAUAAAAUGAGUUGUGUGGUGGAAAUAAAACAAGCCAUCUAGAGACGUCCCUAAAGGUUUGGAUUUAUUGUAUUGUUUAAAUGGAUCAACUCAUGCAUGAGAAAUGAACACUAAUUGUAAACUGGAUACAAACCUGUAGACUUUAAGGGAAAUUGAAUCAAAUGGUAAUUAAAUAUUUUGAUAGAGAUGUUCUGGUAUGUUUUCUCCUUAGAAAACAGCUACAAAGGUAAGCAUUACAGAGAAAUAAUUAAAACAUAUGUUUGUGUUAUGUUAGAACUGUGUCAUUCAACUUCAAAACCAAAGUCAUUGUAUUUGUGUAUGUCACUGCCACUAGUAAAUUUUACUUUGAUACUGUUAAACCUGUAUUUGGUUAAACCUGUGUUUGAGUUGAUGGGAUGCUUUACAUAAGAUACACUUUAAUUUAGAAUGGUCUCUUUCUCCAUGAUCAAAACAUUUGAUCCAAUCUAGAAGAAUACCUCUUGGGCUUUUUCUGGUUAAAAUAAUAAUAAAAAAGAAGUAUCUUGUUUGUUUCACCUUCUGUUUAUGAUAUAAUAUUCAGAUUAAAUUGCAAGGCAAGUUUCUUAUGAAAAACAUCAGCAAUUUAAGAAAUAAUUAAAUAAUCUUCAAAUAUUUAACACAAUGUUUAAUGAACUUCAUUUUAAUCCAUGGCAAUUACUGUUUCUUGUCAACAGAUGCAGAAGUAAAACCUUACAUUAAUAUGUACUUACUAAAAACUCUGAACAUCCUAAUUGGAGUCUAAAACAGCUAUGUAAAUGUAAGCAUAGAAUUGACAGUUAAUCUCUUUUCACAUUUUGCUCCAGUACUGACUAGCACAUGUACUGCUUUCUACUGUAGUUUAUGCAACAACAACAAAAAAAUCAGUCUGUAAUGAAGACAAGUAUAAAAAGUGUUCUUUAGCAACUAUUGUAAGCAUCAGUCUGUUAUCUGGCAGAAGUGUUCUUGUCAUGAAAUGCAGCUUGCUUCAAGACUUGGUUGAUUUGGAAGGUUUCUGAUGUUUAAAUGUACGGCUUUGGCUUUUUCUGUUAUGGUACUAAGCAACUAAAUAAUUAUGAUCUCUCCCUCCCCUAGCUUUUUUCCUGUGUCACUUGAAUAUAUUUAAGCAAUAUCAAAAUCACUCAUUAUUUUUAAUGAGAAUGUAUUUUUGAAGCCUGUGGUUUUUACAUACAGUAAAAAGAAAAUGAAAUAAAAUCUCUUUCCAUAGAAACUCAACUUGGGAGCUAAUUAAAAUUAAGUUUUUAGAAUGCUGAAAAAUAAUUAGCCCAAAAGUUGAAUACCAGGAGUUUGUAAUUCCAGAGAUCCUUGAGUUGUUAAGUGCUUCUAAGGAAAAGACAAUUUCUAAUUUCCUUGUUUUCCUAUAUUGUCCAUUACUGGCUUAUCAUUUCAGCUUUUGAUUCUGUCUUAUCUCAUGCUUUUGUACUGCACAUCAGUUGCUAGGGCAGCAUCUUACACAGAAAACCUCCUGCUGAAGAACAAGAUGCUCUGCUUCUUCUAAAGCUAAUACCAUCUUUAAUCUCGAUCCCUGGAGAUUUGAAUGUCUCACCCCUAUAAUGCUCACAGACUUCAUUGACCUUGACAGCAGGGGUAUCUGGUCCUCUGUGGCACUCAGUUAUUUUUUUUACAUGUUAACACAUGUGUCUGUGAUUUCCUUAGCCUGUCAGUAGUUGCAUUAGUUGUGACAAAGCCAGCACUGUAGUAAGUGUAAUGAUUAAACUUUUUAACCAUCCUAACACAAGAGGAAGUAGACAAAGUUUGCAUAUGAUAUUUCUACUUAUGUCUACAGAGAUCAUAUAAACUAAGAGUUUACUUUUCCAAAGAGCAGAUUAGAGUGUCACAGGCGUUGCUUUCUAAGUGUUUCAGUUCUGUUCAAAUAAUGGUUUAGUUUCAGAAAUGCUUGUGUGCUCUUUUUUAAGUUCUUUCUCUGGCUUAUGCCAAUGUGCUUCUCCUGUUCGCAACCACAGUAUUUUAAUGUAGGUCUUUUAAGUAUUUUUUCAGAUCAUCCUUGAGUUAAUUUUUUUUUUCUCUUGUCUUUUCUGAUUUGCUAAGUUAGCAAGCUUGUUCAGAUCUCCAGAAAGACGAGGUAAAAGUGGCAGAUGAUGAAAAAUAUCUGCAAAUGGAGGAAGUCUGAACCUCAGUCACUGGAGUGGCUAAAUACUGGCCUUUGGGGAAGACCAGUCUGAAGAAAAUGACUAGAAAGCCUUUCUGAGCCCUGAAUGACAGUUUUUUGAAGAGAUUGCUAAGAUGCAAAUGUUGUUUCCUCACUUUGCCUACUGGAAGGUAAAAGCCACAUUACAAUUUCCACAAUAAAUUCAUGAUGCAAACACUGUGACACCGUAUCCAUUGGAAUAAGGAUGUAUUUCAGUUUCAUUUUAGCUGGACUUCAUAUUGAAAAAGUAUUAAAAUGCGAGUAUCUGUCACUCAGGAAUUCACAGAGGAUGAAAAUGAAAAUGGAGAAGAAGAAAGGGUCUUUCUCAAGCCUGUUUUUGAGGACAGAAAUAUGGAGCUGGCCCGAAAAUGCAGUGAAAUAAUAAGUGAUGUACACUAUAAAGAAGAAUUUGAAAAAUCUAAGGGCAAGUGCAUAUUUGUACCUGACACUCCUCAGCUAAAACAUGUGAAAAAUGUUGGUGCUUUCAUUUCUGAGGUGAAGUAUAAAGGAGCUGCUAAGAAGGACCUUUCCAACUCUCUUUAUCAGCAAAUGCCAGCUACAAUUGACAGUGUAUUUGCUAAAGAAUUAACUCAGCUGCAGAGCAAGGUUCUGUAUAAACAAAAACAUGAUGCUGAGAAAGGAACUUCAGAUUAUGCACAUAUGAAGGAGCCUCCGGAUAUUAAGCAUGCCAUGGAAGUCAAUAAAUACCAGAGUGAUGUGUCAUAUAAGAGGGAUGUGCAAGAUACUCAUAGAUACACUGAAGUGCUGAACAGGCCAGACAUAAAGAUGGCAACAGAGAUAACAAAGAUAAUAAGUGAUGCUGAGUACAAGAAGGGAAGGGGAGAGAUGAAUAAGGAGCCCGCUGUACUUGGAAGACCAGAUUUUGAACAUGCUAAAGGAGUUUCUAAACUUCUAAGCCAAGUGAAAUACAAAGAGCAGUUCAAAAAAGAAAUGAAGAGCCACCAGUACAAUCCUCUUGACUGUGCUUCCUUCAAGCAAGCACAGAUUGCAUCCACCUUGGCAAGUGAUGUGAAUUACAAGAAAGAUUACAAGGAAAGUCUGCAUGAUCCAGCUUCUGAUCUGCCAAACCUGCUGUAUUUAAACCAUGCUUUAAAUAUCAGCAAAAUGCAUAGCGAUGUCAAGUACAGAGAGAAUUAUGAGAAAUCUAAAGGCAAAUCAAUGCUCGAGUUUGUGGAUACACCAAUGUAUCAAGUUUCAAAAGAUGUUCAAAAGAUGCAAAGUGAGAAAAUAUAUCGCAAAGAUUUUGAAGAAGGUCUCAAGGGAAGGCCCUCACUGGAUUUAGACAAGACCCCAGAGUUCUUACAUAUAAAGGAAGUCACUAAUCUUCUGAAGGAGAAAGAGUAUAGAAAAGAUUUGGAAGAAUGGAUGAAAGGAAAAGGAAUGACAGUGUUUGAAGAUACGCCAGAUUUGAUUAGAGUGAAAAACGCAGCUCAGAUACUAAAUGAGAAACAGUACAAGAAAGACCUGGAAACUGAAAUUAAAGGGAAGGGCAUGCAAGUUGGUCCAGAUACUCCUGAGAUAAGACGAGCCAAGAAAGCUUCUGAAAUUGCAAGCACUAAAGAAUAUAGGAAAGACUUGGAGAAUGAAAUUAAAGGAAAGGGAAUGGAAGUGGGCAUGGAUACCCCUGAUAUACAACGUGCAAAGAAAGCUUCUGAAAUUGUAAGCCAGAAAGAAUAUAGAAAAGAUCUGGAGACUGAAAUUAUAGGAAAAGGGAUGCAAGUUGGUCCAUUUACUCCUGAAAUACAACGGGUCAAAAGAGCUUCAGAAAUAGCGAGCCAGGUGUUUUAUAAGAAGGUGAUAGGAGCUGGCACAGCUGUUAAAGAGACUCCAGAGAUCGAAAGAGUAAAGAAAAAUCAACAGAAUAUUAGUUCGAUUAAGUACAAAGAAGAAAUUCAGCAUGCAACUACUAUUUCUGAUCCACCUGAACUAAGGAGAAUCAAGGAAAACCAGAAGAAUAUAAGCAAUGUGUGCCCCGUUUUCACUGUUUGCAGUCUUUGUUGUGUAUUGGAGCCUCAGUGAAUAUGUGUGCAAUGUUUGUGCUGGUUCCUCUUUGUCCACAAAGACUAAUUUAAUCAAUUAAUGAUUAAGACAAUAACUUCUUAGCCUUGUGCUUUGACUAACAUCAACGAGAGUGAAACAUUCCUAUUGAAACAGCAGUUUUGUUCACCUCUGAAACAGAGGAAUUAACCUCAGAGUAGGGUGAGUAUUAAGUAUUGUGACAGAAAGAUGAUCGUGUUUACAAAGGAAUGAUAUUUUCCAGCCAAAUGUAGCAUGCUCUGUAGUGGUUUCUAAUGCAUUGUUGUACUCAUUUUACUUGGAAGUCUUUGUGUAAUACCUUAUGCCAUGUUUACUAGGUUCAGUACAAAGAACAGCUCUGCAAAGCUACACCUGUGAGUGUCACUCCGGAGAUUGAAAGAGUCAAAAGGAAUCAAGAGAAUGUCAGCAUGGGAAGUUUCUCUCAUUUAUUCCUUUGCAUAAUUGCUGGGUGCAGAGGAUCAGAAUGAAGUUUUGCCUCCAGAACUUGUACCUCUUCUUUAGUUAGGUGUAGGCUCAGUAAUGAAAUUUCUUGAAAACCCUCUUUUAGGAAGCAUUUUCGAGAAGCCACUGCUUGGUUCAGAAAAUGGCAUGUAAAGCAGGACAUCUCAACUGAAGAAGUGGCUGCAGUUUUUUUGAAACAUUAUAAUGUCUUAGACAUCUGCAGGGAAUCUGAACAGAUUUUUUUUACAGAAUUUUUUCCUUUUUUUUUUUAAUGAGUAAAACUCAGACUCCACAUCUCUCCUGUCUGGUAAGAGACUGGUUCCUCUCUAACUUUCCUGUCAGAGUUUGCUUAACGGCUGAAAAAAACAUUAGAAAGUUGUACUGUUUGUAGGAGCAUGUGGAAGAAGGUAAGGAAUUUUGGAGUACACUUGCAUUCUUGCGGAAGUUGUACCUUGUUAAUGAGCCUUUCUCCUUGCUGGGACUUCCAUCAGCAUCCAUAUUUAGUGGGGCUGCAAAUAGGAUUCAGUUAGCAGUCGUCAGAUAUAUUGUACCCACUGUGUUUAAUCACUGUUGAAUAUACAGAGUAUGUAAGUUAAAAUGUGAAUCGUAUCCUUAUGGAAUCUCUGUGUUUGGAGAAAUACACAUUUACACUGUUCAUUGCUGAAAUUCAGGUUUUCCAUUUGCUCUGCUUGAGUUUGUUAUGUUAUUUGUGGUUUACUCCAUUCCAAAUAGAAGAUUUUUCUCUGUACUGCCAAAGACCAGUGUAGUAAAUGUUGAGAUACUGUGUGCAUAUGUGUGCAUAUACACACAGAUGCAUUAAUAAGAAGACUUUACAGAAAGAAUCCAAGGCUAUGCUUCAAAAACCAAAUUUUAUAAGCUUUAAUAAACUUCACAUGCAUUUCAUCUUUUCAUUUGUUUCCCGGAUAACCUUUUAAAUCAUGCAUUUUAAUGUAGUACAAUUUGAUAGUGCUUUAGCUGACAUAGUAUGUACCAUUUCAUUCUGUUAAAUAAUAGGUUCACUACAGAGAGCAGCCUGGCAAAGCUACUGCUGUGAGCAUCACUCCUGAGAUAGAGAGAGUCAAGAAGAAUCAAGACAAUAUCAGCUCGGCAAGUUGUUUGACUCUUUUUGUCAUUUAUAUUUUCAGUCACUGGAGGAAUAUAACAAGGAUAUGCUUUGCAUUUAGAUUUGAUACAUCUAAUAAAUGCAACUGUGUCAUCCAUUGA